AUGCUCAUCCCUCCAAUAAGGUCACCCUGGGGCACAAAGGAGAGUGAAAAGACCAGCCUCAAGUACCCCGAGCUGCUGGGGGACUUGCAGCCCCUCCACGCUGCUCUGUGCCGCCCUAACGCACAGCGGGCACAGGACGCCGGAGACCCGGACGCACGUGUGAGCGCGGCGCCCGGCAGCCGCCACCGCUGGGCGCAGCCGAUUCCGCGCCGCGCCCGGCCCGCGGCCCGCGGCCGCCGCAGGAGGCGGCAUGAGCGGCUCACAGAGGAGCUGACGCCGGCCCCGGCCAUCUCCUUCGUCAUGCUGCGCUCGGCGCCGCCUGGCCGCUACCUGUACCCCGAAGUGAGCCCGCUGUCGGAGGAUGAGGACCGAGGUAGCGAGAGCUCGGGCUCGGACGAAAAGCCCUGCCGCGUGCACGCCGCGCGCUGCGGCCUGCAGGGCGCGCGGCGGCGGGCCGGGGGCCGGCGAGCCGGGACCGGAGGGGGGUCCGGGGGUCGGCCAGGCCGCGAACCCCGGCAGCGGCACACAGCAAACGCUCGCGAGCGGGACCGAACCAACAGCGUGAACACUGCCUUCACGGCACUGCGCACGCUCAUCCCAACGGAGCCCGCUGACCGCAAGCUCUCCAAGAUUGAGACGCUGCGCCUGGCCUCUAGCUACAUUUCGCACCUGGGCAACGUGCUGCUGGUGGGGGAGGCUUGCGGCGACGGUCAACCAUGCCACGCGGGACCUGCCUUCUUCCACGCAGCCCGCGCAGGCAGCCCCCCGCCGCCGCCCCCAUCACGCGAUGGCGAGAACGCUCAACCCAAGCAGAUCUGCACCUUCUGCCUCAGCAACCAGAGGAAGCUGAGCAAAGAUCGCGACAGAAAGACGGCGAUUCGAAGUUAGGAGGAGGGCCCAAGCAGCCAAGAGGCGGAUGCCACUAGAGAAGGUGGAUGCCACUGGGACCCAUGCAGCACCCCACCUCGAACAUGACCUGUGCACAGGCCCUCCGAGAGCAUGCCCACCGGGCCAGACCCGCCACUGGCUGUGAGCAGGGCCAAUGGACAGACAGGACGAACAGACGGGGAGAGGCUUGACUCUGAACAGCUGAGCACUCACCUAAAGCCCACCAGAACUUUCCAUGCUAGCUCCCUAACUGGGCUGAGUUGGCAUUUUGUUUUUGAUAUGAUAAUAUAAAGUCUGGAAGUUUUGGAUAAUUAAAAAUGGAACAGUAUCUU